UCACCGUACAGGACUAAAGUUCAAGCACAACGGAAGUUUGCCCAGGGCCAGAAUGCUCCAACAUCUUCUUAUAGCUCAGUAAUUGCUGCUUCAUCUUCUUCAAACACAGGUCCCAGCACGUCUUCUGAGAGUCGCGAACCCCCAACUGAGAUUUUACCAAACAAGCGUCCUAAAACGGAGGACUUUUUAACGUUUUUGUGCUUUCGUGGAACACCCGCAUUGCCUGCUCACUUGGACUUUUUGAAUCAAGGUAAAACUAAAGAUGCGGAAGACACAGUCAAGAAAAUGCAAACAAAACCAGCUAAGGGUGGGAAAAAAGGUAAAAAAGGCCGACCAAAAGGCAGCACUUCAAAAAAACAAGGACCAAAAGCCUCCACAUCCAAAAAUUCAGCAUCUACAGUAGUUGCACCAUCAGAAGAUGUUGAAACCAAAGCAGAUGAACCAAUAAAAGCAGACUCUACAAAAGAAGAAGAUAAAACUGAGGAAGCUGAUAAUAGUGUUAUAUCAUUUGCCGUGAGAAAGCGUGCUGAAGUAGUUGCUGGAGGCAAUCGCAGAGGACGGCCCUCGGCAGAUCGACAUCCCGGUAGUUCUACAGAAGGUGAUAGGUGCAAUAAUUCUCCAGAUACAAAGAGACGGUCAAAUAGGGGCGUUCGAAAAGAAGUCCAGCAACCUGCUGAACCUGAAAGUGAGGAGGACGAUGAAUUUUAUUCAGCAAAAGAUGAUGCCACCAAAAUUGAGGAUUCUGAAAAAGAAUCUUCUUCAGUGCGCAAAACUGAUGCAAAGAAGUCGAAAACACCUACAAUACAGGAACGAAAAUCAGAAACGCCAUCGAAGGAAAGUGAAACAGGACGUCUACGAAAAGGCAGGGCUUCUUCGGCAGCGAAAAAAGGUACAGAUGAUACUCCUGAAGAUAUGCAAGAGGAAUUAAAUUCUUCCAAACAAGUUUUGAAACCAAUUCAAAAGCCAGACGAGAAACCAAAAGCUAAAGAAAAAGCUUCAUUAAAGCGUCCGAGACAAAAAGAAUCACCAAUAUUUAUACCAUCGCCCGAACCAUCAGGCCGAAUGACAAGGCAGCGUGCCUUUUUUGAACCAGUAAAAGUGAUACAUACAGAAGAUAUUGGAGAAGAAACAACUGCCCAAGAAGAACAUAAAACUGAGAGUAUGGAUAUUAAAUCAGAUAAAGAUGCAACAGUAGAUAUUCCCCAAAUACAACCAUUAAGCAAAAAUACAAAGAAGGGAAGAAAGCAGGAAGGUGAUUCAUUGAAUGUUGAAAAUAAAGAUAGAUUGAAUGUCUUUGACUUCUCGUCGGAUGAUGAACAGCCAUUGGCAAAGUCUAUGAAGCUCAAAAAGGGCACCAAAGGAAAUCUUAAAAAAGCUGUUGGCCGUGCAGGAAAGACGCCAAAACAUGUAACUCAAAAAAAAUCAAAUGCUAUACAAAUGGAAACAACGCAAGUGGGCAAUGCUACAGAAACUCAAGAAGUGAAAGUAGAUCUUCAAAAAUCUUCUAUUUCCAAUGGCAAUGGAAAGGAUGUAUCGAAUGAGAAACAGCAAACUACCACAAAAGGUAAAGGCAGAGGUCGAGGCCGAGCGGCAAAAAAGAAAGCAGAUGAACAGGUAGAAGUAGAAAUAGAGAGAGAAAUAGCGCAAAGCUCUCUUCAGCAGUCACCCGCACGCCAUCUCUCAAAUAAAAAAUCUAAGUCAGACAUUUCCGCUGUAAAUGGUGAGGAGGAGAAAGAAACCAUAGCAGGUGCACAAGCAAGGCUUCAACGCCCCUCAAGAAAAACAAAAGAGGCAGCUGCUAUCUACAUGGGAAUCAUAGGGCAUAAGCUCCAACUCGCUGAAGACGAAGAUGAUGAUUUAUCAUUGAAUAGUUUUCCAGACCGACCAAACGUCAAAGAAAUGGAAAAAAUGGAAAAUGAGUUGAAAAAGAACGCAGCAACGGCAGGUGGAAAUGCAGCAUCGAGUGCAUCCGUCGGCAAGAGAGAUUCUCCUAAUCUAACAGUAACAGAACCAUCGGUUCCUGUCGAGAAGCAAACGACUGGUAGACGCGGUCGCCCACCUAAACAAUCUAAACAUCCACCUAUUAAACGAGAAAUCGAAGGAAUGCUUGUUAAAAAAGGAGCAAUAGCGAAAAUACUCCCAGCUAUGGAAAGUGCACCUAGUAAUAAACAGAAAUCGGAGCUCAGUAGACCUGAUUCUGACGACGAAGAUUUUCUGUUAAGCAAGGAGGUAAAUGAAACGAAACGAAAGCUUGAGAAAAGUUUCAGUGAUUCCGAUGAUGAACCCCUGGCUAUUAAAGCAAAUAUCAAAUCAAAUGAUAAAGACUCUGAAAACUCAGAUUCAAGAAAAUGUGACAGUACUCCGCAAAACAUUGCACCGCCGAAUCAAUUGAUGAUGUUACCCAUUACUACUAAACCAGUUUCUACUCCACCCCUCAACCCACCUACUCCAGUGACUAGCGCUUCCCCAAUUACAGCAACGGUGCCACAGAGUACGACCCCGCAAAUCCCAAGCCCUUUUAAAACAAUUGAAAAGAAGUCACCUAUUCCAACAUCUAAGAUAUUAAAUGUUCCCGCAACUUAUGCAAUACCUUCAUCUACACCGCCAUCAUCAAGCCUAAAUAUGUCAAUGAAUUCUGGCUUUAACAAAACCCCGACAUAUAUGCCUCCAGCUUCGCCGCACUAUCAUGCACCACAUGUGCGUCCUUCUCCUCAUCCAUUUCCAACGGCAAAGUCUCCAACGGUACCCCCAACUCCCACGGGCUCUGUAACAUUACCACCACAUCUGCAGGCGCCACUUCCACCCCAGUCACCAUUAAAAUACCCAGCUGCUCCAACAACUUACCCACCACCAAUCGAAGCGUAUCCGUCGCCGAAAAUUAAUCCAAAUUUCUUAACUCCGAAAUUCGACCGUACAACUUUACCCCGUACAAAUAAUUUUCCCUCUCCAUCUCCAGUGAAAUUUGAACUGUCCGCGGUCACGAAAGGGGGACUUGGCAGUUCGACUUUGACUUCGAAAAUGACAAUUCCCGGAUCAGGAACAUCUGUAGCGAUAACUGCAACAACCAGUAUAAAUACCUCGGCUACUGCCGGAGCAGCAGCUUCAUCUGCAGAUCCAUUAAAAGACGAAAUCGGGAGCAUCCUGACAGCCAGUCUAAUGCCCAGUAAAGAGGAAUCUGGCAAAGUAUUUGGAAUUGCUAGCGUUAGCCUAGCACAAAGUUCGGGACCAGACAAUACUAAGUGUACGUUGGGAAAGUGUGGCUCUAUUCACAAACCAGUAUUGGGUCCCGUUGUACCCACUGAGGGGUACAUUGGUGAUCAAUUAUCGAGCAAAGAACGACGUAAAGCAAAGGUUAACAUGACGCAUGAACAAAUACAGAAGUGGUUAAUUGAGUGUUCCUCGAAUCCAGAUGAGAUUCAAGAUGAUUUGGACGACGAUUUUGAUGAUAAUUUACGACCAAAUCUGUUCGCUACCACACCACCCCCUACGCGCGAUGACAAGGAAAGUACUUCUUUCAGUUCGUCAUCCAAAGCCACACGUGACUUGGGUAAAAGUGAAAGUGCUUGGUCUGCUAAAGGGCCUUCUUUAAAAGCAACGCCUGUAGUCGCAACAAGUAACCGAAAAGAUGAUGGCAAGUUACUGGAUACAGUGAAUCCAAUGGACAUUACAUCUGAUAACGAAAAAACAACUGGCCAUGCAAUUAAUCUCACGCAAAAGAACAAUGUUAAGGCGAAUUCAGGUGCAAAUACAAGGAGUGAAACGCCCACACCUGUAAAGACAACUCGUUCUGAAAAAAUAGAUAAGAAAAAUACUAUUAAGAAACCCAAGGAAGAAAAAGCGGCUAACGAUUCUGUGAGCAAGGACAAUAAACAAAAUAAACUUGAAAAACAAAAAGACGCUCCAACAACAUCGAGUGCAAUAUCCAAAAGUUCUGCUGGGAAGCUUCCGCAGUCGCAGCUGCCAACAGCUUACCCUCCAUCGACUACAGACAUCACUCCAGCGUCCAAGCAAAACCGCAAAAAGAUCACCGUACCCACAACGGUGGUCCCCGCAUUAGAAGAGAAAAAUGGCACUCCAUCUAAACCUGUAUUGACUACUCUUCCAAUCAGCAGUUCCGCGGCAACAAAAACGCCGAGGCGAACUCCCGUUUAUAAUCAGAAAAACCAACAAAAGCAAAUGGAACUGAAGGAAACUACUACAACUAGUCACAAGAAGACUGCGCCAUUUUCCUACGGUGCAUUUUCCGCAGAUAACGAAAAAUCCAUUUACUCUUUUGACAAGGAUGAUGAUGAAACGGAGGGCACCAAACUGCACUCAGCGCCAGCAUUUAGACGUCAAAGUGGUCGAGACUCGCAAAAUGAUGAAUCUACUCCAAACACUCCUCCAACGAGUAAGACAUCGCCGGGAAAGAAACGUGCCUCAAUAGCAUCUACUAAUGAGAAGGCUAAUAAAGAAAUAGCUGGUAAAUCCCAAAACAGCUCAGUCUCGUUAACGCUGAGUCCUUCAGAAAAUUGUAAACUCGUUAAAGUAAGUUUAGAUUCUGAGAAACCUGGAGUAAGCAGCAAGGCUCCUACUACAAAGGUAACGAAAGGCGCCAAGAAGCAGGAAACUGCAAAUAAUGAUGCCGAUUCCGACUCGGAGGGACAUACAUUCUAUAUUCCACUGCAAGGUGUUGGCACAGGUGGUGAUGGCGAAGGUGGCAUCCAAGGUGUUGCUGUAAAAUUAGGACGAGAGGGUCCCGACGGCCCAAAUCAAAAGGUUAUAAUGCAUGCAACUUUGGUCACAAAAGCUCAAAUGGGAUCGAAUUCCAAACCACUACCGGAGUCCAUGAAUGUAGCGGAUAUCGUAAAAACUCUGAUACCAACUUCGCAGGCAAUAUCGUCGGCAGCAGUGUCUAGUGCGCAUACAGCUGUGGAUGAAGUCGCAAAAAAGGGUGAGAAAACUAACGCUACAACCUCGGCUGCAUCCUCGGCAGCGGCGGCAAACAUGGAUAAAUCAUCAUCAAAUAGCUUGAAAAAUGUUCCGAUCGGAACUGUUCAGCCCAGAUUUAAAGGAGGCGUAGAUGUUGCCAAUCAGCCAUCAACAUCCGCUGCAGCGGCUGCUGCAAACAUGGGAAGUGGAUUAGUUCGUGUCAACUCCAACUCCUCACUUUUUUCAGGCUCGGCAAAAUCUCGUAUGGGCGCGGCAGGUACCGGUCCAUCAGGUCAUGGCGCAAACAAGAAAUUCAAGGAUGACACACCAAUAAAAAUGUCGAAUAACACUGCUUUUCCGCGCCACGAUGAUCCCACUCAGAUGGUAGAGGCGCCCAUUUUCCGGCCAACCGAAAAGGAGUUUGCCGACCCUAUAGACUUCAUUGAACGUAUCACUCCCAUUGCUGCGCGAUUCGGCAUUUGCAAAAUAAUACCUCCUGCGACAUUCAAACCAGAAUGCCGCAUAUCGGAUGAAAUGCGUUUUACAGCUUACAAUCAAUAUGUGCAUAAGAUGCUCCAUCGUUGGGGUCCAAGUGCGAAGGAGUUAAGUGCAAUAAAGAAAUAUCUAGCAACGCAGAGCAUCGUAAUGAAUCAUCCACCUUGGAUUGGGGGCAUGGAAGUUGAUCUACCGCGCUUAUAUCAUACCGUGCAAGAGUUGGGUGGUUUAAAGGAGGUGAUCGAGAAAAAGAAAUGGGCACGGGUUGCCGAGGAGAUGUGCAUUCCGAAGUUGGCACAGGAUCGUGUUACGAAACUUGAUGACAUAUAUUGCAAAUAUUUGCUCCCUUAUGAUACCUUGUCGCCAGCUGAGCGCCAAAAACUAUUCGAUGAGGUUGAAGCAGAUUGGGCCAAACGCGAGGCUCGCGCUCGAAGAAAUGCCGAUCGUUUUGUGAAUACUGAAAGCGUAUCCAACGAAGAAGAUGAUGUAUCUUCAGAAGAUGAUGAAGAGUCGGAGGAGGAGGUAGACGGCGUGUCCAUGGAGUGUAUUGUGAAAGGCCGCAGUAUGCCGCUAAGUCAAUUCUAUCGCAUUGCGCGGAACACUAUGGCGCUAUGGUUUAAGAACACCGAACCCAUUGUUAAUGAAGUAGAGGCCGAGUUCUGGCGUCAUGUAGCUGUGCGUGACAGUCACGUUUGCGUACACUCUGGUUCCAUCGACUCAUCUGGCUGGGGCUAUGGUUUCCCCAGCCCUGGCCCAAAGAGCAAAGGGUCGAAUUAUGCGCGGCAUCCAUGGAAUCUAAAAGUGCUGACAAAUAAUCCAGGCUCGGUAUUGCGCUCACUUGGUCCCGUAAUGGGCGUUACUGUACCGACUCUGCAUGUGGGCAUGCUGUUCUCCGCUUGCUGUUGGUAUCGCGAUCCACAUGGUCUCUCAUGGAUUGAAUACCUACACACAGGUGCUUCAAAACUCUGGUACGGCAUUCCAGAUGACCAGAGCGCAAACUUCCGAUCGGCACUUACUUCGCUCAUUCCCACGCAUUGCCAAAAUAAGACAAUUUGGCUACCUUGUGACACGGUUAUGGUUCCACCGCAUAUGCUCACCGAUCGGGGAGUGUCGCUAUGCCGUAUCGAGCAGAAACCAGGCGAAUUCAUUGUUGUUUUUCCCCGUGCCUAUACCUCCAGCUUGGCUACUGGCUACGUAGUUUCUGAGAGCGUUUACUUUGCUACUACAUCGUGGUUGGAUUUGGCAAAAGAUGAUUUCAGAGACAUACAUGAUAGCUGCGAACCAGCUAUGUUCUCCUUAGAACAGUUACUCUUUGCCUUGGGUUAUGAUCAGCGCGUGACGUCAGAUACGUUGCAGCAAAUGUUGCCGAUGUUGCAAGAGGUUAAUGAGAAAGAACUGGCUGCCCGGGAACAGCUUAAGGUAAGACAAACGUGUGUCCAUACAUAUAUGUAUGUAUGAGUGUGUACAUUAGGGUCCCAGCAAACAUUGAGGUUAGUUAU